UUGAGCACAGAGAGCCGCGGGUCCGUGCGCGACAUGAGCGGAUCCGAGCGGAUGCGGGUGUUUUAAGGGCAUGACGGCGGAUCGGACGAGCUGCAGCUGAAGGAGGAGAGCCGGUAGAGACGCUCCAGCCCCGGAGAACCGAAGAGAGGAGCGGCGGAGUGAGAGUGAGGCAGAGCGCCGGGGAAUCAUGCGGGGUCCUGCGCUCCGGCUGCUGGGACUCGUGUGGCACCUCUCCGCGCUUUUACGCACCGCACACACGUACAAACUCCACCACAAACAGGAGAGCUUCAUCAGACAGCUGUCAGCGUAUGAGAUCAUCACUCCGGUGCGCUUGAAUGAUUUUGGAGAGUCGUUCCCGCACCGGCUGCAUUACCGCAGGAGGAGGCGCAGCGCUGACACGGAGGUCUCGGGUUCGAGGGCUCAUUACAGGAUCGAAGCAUUCGGUCAGGCAUUUCACCUGAACCUCACGGCCGAUUCUGGAUUCAUCGCUCCGUCCUACACGGUGCUUCACCUGGGAGAGGAGGAUAAGCGCGGAGACGCAGCAGAUCUCCGCCACUGUUUCUUCAGAGGACACGUCAACGCUCGCAGGGAACACCACGCUGUCUUCAGCCUCUGCACUGGACUGAUCGGCACGUUCACGACACACGGCGGUCAGUUCUUCCUGGAGCCGCUGUUGAGCGCCGAUGGAGACGAGUAUGAGGAAGAGCACAACAAACCUCACCUGCUCUACAGACACGACGCCAACAGGAAGUCACAUGACACGCGGCCGUGCAGCGCCUCAGAUGAUCCCGAUCCCGAUCACAUCAGUCUCCACAGCAACAGAACUCUGGAAGAGGAAGUGACGUCGAUACAGGAAACGAUGCGCGAGCGCGCGGCUCUCAGAAACGGCUCUCGUUCCCGCAGGAAGCGCUUCCUGUCGUACCCGCGCUUCGUGGAGCUGAUGGUGACGGCCGACGUGAAAAUGGUGCGCCAUCACGGACGCAACCUGGAGCACUACAUCCUCACAAUCAUGUCAGUAGUGGCUGCGAUCUACAGAGACCCCAGUGUAGGAAACCUCAUCAACAUCAUGAUUGUCAAACUCAUCGUUAUACAUAACGAACAGGAAGGGCCGAACGUAAACUUCUACGCCACUGCGACGCUUCAUAACUUCUGCAUGUGGCAGCAGAGCCACAACGUUUUGGACGACAGCCACCCGGGUCAUCAUGACACUGCGCUGCUUAUAACCAGGGAGGACAUCUGUCGAGCAAAAGACAAGUGUGACACGUUAGGUCUGGCGGAGCUGGGGACGAUGUGCGACCCGUACCGGAGCUGCUCCAUCAGCGAAGAGAACGGCCUGAGCGCGUCCUUCACCAUCGCUCACGAGCUCGGACACGUGUUCAACAUGCCCCAUGAUGACAGUCCAAAGUGCCGCGAGGUGGGAGUCAAGCAUCAGUAUCACGUCAUGGCCCCGACCCUUAACUAUGACACCAGCCCCUGGUCCUGGUCCAAAUGCAGCCGCAAAUACAUCACGGAUUUCCUCGACACUGGUUAUGGUGAAUGUCUCUUGGACGAGCCUUCGGGGAGGACGUAUAACCUUCCCAAUCAGCUUCCGGGUCAACUCUACAACGCCAACCGGCAGUGUGAACUCAUGUUUGGUCCCGGCUCCCAAGUUUGUCCGUUUAUGAAACAGUGCAAGCGUCUCUGGUGCACCAGUGCGGAGGGCGACCAUAAAGGAUGUCGUACGCAACACAUGCCGCUCGCUGAUGGGACCGAAUGUGGCUAUGGCAUGUACUGCAGGCACGGCAUGUGUGUGAACAAGGAAAUGGAUUUGAAGCCAGUUCAUGGUGAAUGGGGCCCCUGGGGGCCCUACAGUGUGUGUUCCAGGACCUGUGGAGGAGGAACACGCAGCACAACCAGAGACUGCAAUAAACCUGAGCCGAGGAAUGGAGGCCGGUUUUGCGUCGGCCGCAGAAUGAAGUUCCGCUCGUGUAACACGGAUCCGUGUCCCCGCGGCCGGAGGGAUUUCAGAGAAGAGCAGUGCGCGCAGUUCGACGGGAAGCACUUCAACAUCAACGGAUUGCCGCCCUCCGUCCGCUGGGUGCCGAAGUACAGCGGCAUUCUGAUGAAGGAUCGCUGUAAACUCUUUUGUCGUGCCGCGGGGACGAUGGCGUACUAUCAGCUGAGGGAUCGGGUCGUCGAUGGAACCCCGUGUGGACCGGACACAUAUGAUAUCUGCGUACAAGGCCUCUGCCGGCAAGCAGGUUGUGAUCACGUUUUGAACUCAAAGGCGAGAAAUGAUAAGUGUGGCGUCUGUGGAGGAGACAACUCUUCAUGUAAGACCCUCGCUGGAACCUUCAACAACGCACAAUACGGUUAUAACGUUGUGGUUCGGAUUCCUGCUGGUGCAACCAACAUCGAUAUAAAGCAGGUCAGCUACUCAGGAUUACCAGAAGAUGAUAACUACCUCGCUCUGUCUGACAGUCAGUCCAACUUCCUGCUGAACGGGAACUUUGUGGUGUCCAUGUUUAAAAGGGAAAUCACCUUUAAGGGAGUAGAGAUCGAGUACAGCGGAUCCAACACCACGGUUGAGCGGAUCAACUGCACGCAACGGAUCGAGGAGGAACUUGUGGUGCAGGUUCUGUGCGUGGGAAACCUGUAUAAUCCUGACGUCAGAUAUUCCUUCAGUAUUCCUAUCGAGGAGCAAAGGGAGCAGUUUGUGUGGGAUCCAUCAGGCCCCUGGCAGGAGUGCAGCCGCAUAUGUCAAGGUGAACGGCGGCGGAAGGCCAUGUGUGUUCGUAAGAGUGACCAUUUGGUGGUUUCAGAGCAGAGAUGUGAGAAUCUACCUCGACCCAGAGGCACGACGGAGCCCUGCAAUACUGACUGUGAACUCAGGUGGCACGUUGCGGGCCGGAGCGAUUGUUCCAGUAAGUGCGGCCCGGGUUACCGCACGCUGGACGUGCUGUGCAUGCGCUACAGCCAGAACAAGAGGCUGAGUGAGCGCGUGGAGGGCAGAGCCUGCGCAGACCUGCCCAAACCGCAGACGCGAGAGGGAUGUCAUGGUGACUGUCUGCUCAAGAGUUGGCAGUACAGCGCCUGGUCUCAGUGCUCGAAGAGCUGCGGACACGGCGUCCGGACGCGGCAGGCGUACUGCAUGAACAAUCUGGGCCGCAGGCUGGUGGAGCGAGAGUGUAACGAGCAGCAGAGAGUCCUGAGCGAACCCUGCAACGACGUGCCCUGUCCCGACUGGAGCGCCAGCGAAUGGAGUGAGUGUCUGGUGACGUGCGGCAAGGGCGUCCGGCACCGGCAGGUGCUUUGCAUUCUGGGAGACGAGAAGCUGAACGAGCAGCGCUGCGACCCAAACGCCAAACCCUCGGCGGUGGGCAGCUGUGAGCUUCCCGAAUGCGCGUCCUGGCAGGUCGGAGCCUGGAGUCCGUGUACGGUGAGCUGCGGUCAGGGCUAUCAGAUGCGUGCGGUCAGGUGUGUGUCGGGAGCUUACGGCGAGACGGUGCACGACAGGGAGUGUAACGCAGCCGCCAGACCUCGAGACAGUCAGGACUGUGAGUUGUCAGCUUGUCCUCGCACAGCAUCAGUGUUCAACACACCCAGACCUGCGGAGCCGCGUCACAGAGACACACAGUGGAGAUACGGCUCAUGGACCAGCUGCUCGGUGUCGUGCGGUGAGGGCCGGAGGGAGCGCUACGUCAGCUGUAGAGACGCUCAGGGCGGCGUAGCUGACGAGUCGUCCUGCGCUCAUCUUCCUCGUCCUCCAGACUCCUCCAUGUGUUUCAGUCCCUGUGGUCAGUGGAGGGAAGGAGAAUGGACACCGUGCUCGGUGUCAUGCGGUGUGGGUCGCUCCACGCGGCGGGUCGUGUGCAUGAACUACCAUCAUCAGGUGGACGAGUCGUUCUGUCACCCGGACGAGCGUCCCAGCACUGAGCAGGAGUGUGCGGCCGCCCCCUGCAAAUCCUCCUACCACUGGCCCAACAACCAGCCCUACGUCCCCUACGACCCCGGCAACCACCCCGGGCACCACAGCUGGAACGUCCCGUCUGCAGACAACCAGUGGAGGACGGGACCCUGGGGAGCCUGCUCCAGCACGUGUGAAGGCGGGUUCCAGCGGCGGGUCGUGGUCUGUCAGGACGCAGACGGACGCAGCACCAAUCACUGCGACGAGAGAGUCAAACCCGACGAAUCAAAGAGCUGCGACUCCGGACCCUGUCCACACUGGAACUACGGCAUCUGGGGAGAGUGCACGCGGUCGUGCGGCGGCGGUCAGCGCACGAGGUUGGUGGUUUGUCAGCGUCCGAACGGGCAGAGGUUGAACGAGCACAACUGCGACAUGUUGGACAAACCGGCCGACGUGGAGCAGUGCAACGGCCAGCCCUGUCCCGGCGCCGCUUCCUGGCACAGACGACCAUGGAAGCCGUGCUCGGCGUCCUGCGGGAAGGGAAUCAAAGAGCGGCAGAUCGUCUGUGUGGAUCAGAACCGAACCCAGAUCGAGGACGACGGCUGCGCUCAUCUCACCCCACCCAGAACACAGAAGGUCUGUCGGGCGGGACCCUGCCCCGCCUGGAGAGCCCAUCAGUGGAGAGCGUGUUCGGUGAGCUGCGGUUCUGGCCUUCAGUCACGGGAGGUUUUCUGCAGGUUAAAGGGCAGAGGUCGCGUCUCCGAUGACCUGUGUGACGCGCGAGCGCGUCCUGAACGACUCCAGUCCUGCUUCCACACGGACUGUCAGACCCACAGCUGGACGGCACACGAGUGGAAGGACUGUAACGUGAGCUGUGGCCGCGGCGUGAGGUCCAGAUCUGUGUUUUGUGUUGACGGCGGGAUGAACGUGGUUCCUGACAGCACGUGCGACGCAUCUAUCAAACCCCAAACACAUGAGCCGUGUCACAGCGCCACCUGCCAGUACGUCUGGAUCACCACCGCAUGGAGUCAGUGUUCGGUGAGCUGUGGCUCUGGACUCGAGCGGCGGGCGGUUCACUGCUCUGCCGUGACCUCUGACCUCCAGACGUAUUCGCACGCGGCGCCCUCCGACUGCACCGAACGCCCGCCGGCCGACAGCAGGCCGUGUCGCUUGUCCGAGUGCCCGUCAGCAGGACGCUGGAGCGCCGGGCCGUGGAGCGAGUGCUCUCAGACGUGCGGCGCUGGAGUCAUGCACAGGACGGUCGAGUGUCUCAACGCUCAAAACAUCCUGUCUCAGAGCUGCCCGCCGUCCAGCCGUCCGGAGACUCACGCCACCUGCAGACAGAACGACUGUGAGCUGCACACGAGCUGUCGGGAGGUUCAGAUGAAGGGAGGCGUUCGGGAAGAUGGAGAGCAUUUCAUCAAAGUCCGAUCCAAGAUCCUGCAGAUCUACUGUGCUGAGAUGCAGAGCGGUUUCCCAAAAGAGUACGUGACCCUGCGCAGCGGACAGACCGACAAUUACUCAGAGGUGUACGGAUACAGGCUCCAAAACCCCUUUGAAUGUCCGUAUAACGGCAGUCGGCGGCAGGACUGCGCCUGCAGGAACGAUUACACCGCAGCCGGUUACACCGUCUUCCACCGCGUGCGGCUCGAUCUUUCCAGCAUGUGCAUCAUCACGACUGAUGUGAAGUUCAGUCAGACGCUGUUUGGUCGCUCUGUCCCGUUUGCGUCCGCAGGAGACUGUUACAGCGCCGCUAAAUGUCCCCAGGGUCAGUUUAGUAUAAAUCUCAGUGGAACGGGACUGAAGGUUGCAGAAUCCACUAAAUGGGUUUCCCAAGGCAACUACGUCACGCUCAAAGUUCACCGGUCAGAGGACGGCAGCAGAAUCUACGGCCGCUGUGGUGGUUUCUGUGGGAAGUGUCUUCCUCAUCCUCAUACGGGCCUUUAUGUCAAAAUCCAGUAAGAAAAACGUCCACUGCGCAUGAGAAAAUCUCAUUGCGACUGAUUCGCGCAUCUCUCUAACGUCUGGCAGCUACGGUAAACGUCCCACUUCUGCACUUUCCGAUAGUUACGAGAACCAAAUAACAAAAUAACUGAGUCUAUUCACGAAUCAGGAUGCAGGUUGGAUUUGUUUUUAAAUGGAGAUGUGGGUAAAAUGAUCAUGGAAAUGAAUCAAUAUUUUGUCAGGCGGGAUCAACCAAAUGAAAGCUGUUAGAUGGACUCAUUUAUUACCAAAUUCUGCUCAUUUGGUUGCAACAACAGCAUGUUUGAGAGUUUAUUUCUAGUUUUAGUUCUAGCAAAUGGUCAAAUCCUUCAUUUUGGGCAGAAAGGGAUUUAUUUGACAACUUCAGAAGUAUUUCGUAUUUCAAAAUAUUUGCUUUUUUUGCAGAAGAACUCAUAAACUACUGUACAGAACACUGUUAAUGCAACUUGGAUUAGUUAUUUUUACUUUGAACAUAAAACGCUGACGACAGCAAACUGCUUGAUGCGAAAAUAGAAAUAAUUUAAUGUUUUCUGUAUAUUUGAAUGUUUAACUUGUGUCUUGCAUCAAAGUCUGACUUAAAAUGGGUUUGACAAUCUAGAAAAAGGUAGAAAACACUGCUACUGAAAAUGAUAAUAGCGUCGGCUACAAACUAGUUUGGAUAAUAUAUGAUACGUUAUUUUAAUAAUAUAUUAUUAAUAGCAUACUAACAUGAGUUACGGUGCUAAAACAGUUCAUAGCAUGAUGUUAGCAUGUGCUUUUGCAUUUUACACGGUUACUAAUUUAAUUCAAAACGGAAGCAGUAGUUCAAAUACACCAGCCUGGUUUGCUGGGUUAAGCUGGUUUAGGUGAUUAACUAGUUGACAGGUGCCACCAAAAAAAGAGCAGUUGAACUCUAAAAUCUGUCCUAACUCAGCUGAAUCAGGUCACUAAAUUUGAUUAUUUAACAAAAAAUUAAAUUAAACAUUGACUGUUAUACACUACUAUUCAAAAAUUUGGGAUCUGUAAGAUUUUUUAAAGUUUUUAAAGUCUUCUGCUCACCAAGGCUGCAUUUAUUUGAUCAAAAAUACUGUAAAAAUUAUGAAAUAAUAUUAGAAUUUAAAAGAGCUGUUUACUGUGUCAAUCUGUGUUAAAAUGUAAUUUAUUCCUUUAAUGAAAACCUGAAUUUUCAGCAUGAAACACCAGAUCAAAUCUGUCCUAAUUCAGCUGAAUCAGGUCUCGAAAUUUGAUUAUUUAACAAAAAAUUUAAGUAAACAUUGACUUGACUGUUAUACACUACCAUUCAGUAGUUUGGGAUCGGUACGAUUCAAUGUUUUUAAAAUCUCCUGCUCACCAAGGCUGUACUUAUUUGAUCAAAAAUACUGUAAAAAUUAUAAAAUAUUAUUAGAAUUUAAAAAAACUGUUUACUAUGUGCAUUUUAUCUGUGUUAAAAUGCAAUUUAUUCCUUUGAUGCAAAACUGAAUUUUCAGCACGGAAGACCAGAUCAAAUCCGUCCUAAUUCAGCUGAAUCAGGUCACGAAAUGUAUUAAUUUAACAUAAAAUGGAAUCAAAUGGACUGAAUUAAGUAAUUUAAUGUUAAAUGAGUUCAUACAAACAAACAUAACAUUAGUUUUACUAGAAGGGAAGAUUAAUAUAGAUCAAAUUAAAACAGCAUAACCCUACCUCUCAUUAUCGUAACCGUUUGUGUUGUACAUUAUUUAUGUUUGACAGUAUUUAUUCUGUAAUUAAAUGUACAUACGUCUCAACAGGAAAAUCAUAUUAUUAUUAAAUAUUGAUCUUUUGCCAUUAACAAGAGGUUUACAGAAUAACGGUGCUGUUUUUACUACUGAAAUGAGCUUUAACCAGCAGCAUGUAAUGUAGUACAAAUCAUUUUAACGACUCACUUUUUGCUUUCAACCAAAGUCUUGUAUGGUAAUAUAGAUAAUAUAACUUGAAGGAUGUGGUGUUUGACGCCUAUUGAGCCUGCUUUUAGGUGAACGCACGGUAUAACGGAUCAUCUGCGAGCAGCUAACCAACCUUUGACUAUCAUGUGUUGAUAGACGACUGAACUAUAUGAGGUCUGUAUCAGAAAUGAAAGGACUGUAUGAUGCACUAUGUGCCAGCAGUGCUGUAGCAGACAUUCACACCUGUGUAUUAACACUUGGGCUUUGUCAGAUUGUGUUUGUAUAUUCAUACUUGAUGGUUUGCGUGUCGGUGGAAUGAAAAACGAGGCUUGUUUUCCACUUAUUACCCAAAGAUUAUUUUCUAGAGUGUCUUUGCGCUUCAGUAUCCAGUGUUUUAUAAUGAAAUCUUUGGUGCUAUGAUAAAAAUGAAAUGUAAAUGAGAUUUUAUUGAUGUAAUGGAUUCUACAGCACUGUACUAAUGCUGAUCAUCAUAAU